GUUGACUUUCCUUUCCAAACAUAUUGAAUUUUUCAACUCUUCCCACGAUUUAAAUAUGACUUAUAUUUGUAUUAGGGUUGCCGCGGGUCGCGGGCACGGGUACCCGCACCCGCUUACCCGCUUGAUUUGGCGGGUAGCGAGUGUUACCCGCGCGGGUAGCGGGUAAUUCAAAAUUUACCUAUUUUUUAUCAUCAAUCACAUAAUUUAAGUAGAACAUUCUCUAACAAAAAGCUAGAAAGCCGGGCAACAAAAAGGUUUCCCUCGUGAGUAGAAUAAAUAUAGAUUUAUCUGGCCCAAAAACAAUCCUUCUCAUAUCUAGCAUCCCCAUAAGUUUGUAUCCUUCCAAGAAAAUCUAAAUAUAAAUCAGGCCACCUUUUUGUGCAAUAUCUGCCACUGGUCAAAAAUAAUUGAAUCCAAUCGAGUUUCCGAGCUUGUCCUGAGCACAUAGCAAAUACUUUUUUUACUCAAAGCCACCUUAAAAAAUGCAUCUGAAACAAAUCACAUUUUCUUCGUGUUUAAUAAUUUUCUCACUAUUAUCUGAUUUUGUGACGAUGGGGUACAAGAUUUUGCAACUGGAUUCGAACUGUAAACUACCAUGGCAUAGUAGGCGUUUCGAAUACGACUACGAGGUUUCGCCAACUGCACGAAACUAUAGUGCCACCCGAGUCUCAAUUUCAACAACGGUAUCUGUCCAGUCUUAUGACAUGGACCUGGAAUCAAGCGUUUUUAAAGUAAUAGUGGGGUCCACGUUUCGAUGGAAUGAUCCCAGGCUCGCAUAUGGACAACGAGAAGGGUGCAACCGCAGUUACAUUGUGCAAGAUAGUAAUCAUUUGUCUAUGAGUUUCUGGCUUCCAUCGGAUUCUAAGAAGCCGGGCUAUCUUUGUAGUGGAGACCAAUAUCGAUCGUACAUUAUUCUUUACAGAAAUGGAGAUGUUACACUUUCUACCAGCUAUUUCCCACAAGUUGACAAGGUGACAAAGUUGGGGGAGAAGAAAUAUGUAGCCGAGUUAAACAUGAUACCUGAGGAAUUUGAGGAUGAAGUGGUCUACGAGUGGCGUCCUAUCACCGUCGGGUUUAAGGUCGUGAAUGGAUAUAAAAUAAGCGCUGAGUGGAAAAAAUGCGUAGUUGGUGUUGUUAAUAGUAAGAGGAAAAGUUGUAUGCGAUUAGUCUUGUUCUUCAUGGGAUAAUAGAGUAGGUAAAAGGGUUACCGAUGGGUAAAAAUGAUAUGGCAAUACAUUUUUAUCAAUAUUUCGAAAAUUUGUCGUGCCAGCAGAUAAGGAAAAUAUAAAAUUCAUAUUAUACUGUUGUUUUGCAUUCCCUUAAAUAUGUACUGUUCAACUUUAAUAAGAAUAAAUAGGUUUCUAACCUAACCCAACAAUUAA